CGGAUACCGAUCCGUGCGUGAGGUCACACAGCGCUGGUGAGCUUGGGGUGAUCGGCGACGUGCCCUCCUCUCCUCUCUCCUUCCCCAUUCGCCGCCGUCUGCGUGUCUACUGUAGGCUACAACGCGAGAGGCUACUGUCAAAGCGGUGGGGGGGAACCAGACAUGUGCCUGCUGGUGAAUUAAACAAGAGAAACGCGAACAAGCCGAGGUUUGUUUUCAAACUCGCCCACGAUGGCGCUCACAGUGUUUGAUUAAAAACGCCACAGCGCUCCGUUUGGUGUGCGGACUUUCUUUUUGCGGACUUGAUUUACUUCGCCUUCUUAUCUCCCUUUUGGAUCGAGGUUUUUUUCGGGUUAUUCUGCUUGUGAACACGCGGACAGGAUUACGCAUUACCAUGGAUACCUCCACUUUUUCCGUCAGCCUGUUACUCCUGGCCGCGAUGGGGUCCGUCUCCGUGGGAGAGUUCCCGACAGAACAAAUGAUCAAAGAAUGGGCGGACCAGAUGCAGAAGGACCUGAUCUCAUUAACGGACACAGCCAGCGGCAUGGACAGCCUAAUAGAGAGUUACCACAACCACAGAGAUCGCUUCAAGGUGGAGUCCAACAGCCCCACCGAUCUGGUUGCCAAGGCAGCGGAGAACAUCGAGAAGCUGCUGUUAACGCGCUCCCAGGCGCUAAAGAGACUGGCUUCAGAAGCAGAGAAAUAUCAGAUGGAGCACGAGUGGAGGGAUGAUUAUACGGAAGACGAAAUUAUUUACUACAACUCCAAAGAUGGCAUUAACCAGACGAAUAAACGCUUUGUCCCAGACGACUUCCAGGACGACCCCGACUUCAAACGGAAGGUGUCCUACAACACCACCGCCGUGCACAUCCCCACGGACAUAUACAAUGGCUCCACCAUCGUGCUGAAUGAGCUGAACUGGACCGAGGCGUUGGAGGAUGUGUUCCGCAAGAACAAAGAGGAGGACCCCUCUCUGCUGUGGCAGGUGUUCGGCUCUGCCACCGGAUUGGCUCGCUUCUUCCCAGCGUCCCCCUGGAUGGACUCCAGUAAGACCCAGCAGAAGAUCGACCUGUACGACGUGCGCAGGCGGCCCUGGUACAUCCAGGGAGCAGCCUCUCCAAAGGACAUGCUGAUCCUGGUGGAUGCGAGCGGCAGCGUGUCAGGCCUCACCCUGAAGCUGAUCCGGACGUCGGUCAGCGAGAUGCUGGAGACGCUCUCUGACGACGACUACGUCAACGUGGUGUCUUUCCAUGAGACGGCCAAGGUGGCGGCGUGCUUCCAGAACCUGGUGCAGGCCAACGUCAGGAACAAGAAGAUCCUGAAGGUGGCCGUGCAGGGCAUCACCGCCAAGGGCAUCACCAACUACCGCGGGGGCUUCGAGAAGGCCUUCGAGCAGCUUGCCCUGAUGAACGCGUCCAGGGCUAACUGCAACAAGAUCAUUAUGCUCUUCACUGACGGAGGAGAGGAAAAGGCAACGGAGAUCUUUAACAAAUACAAUUCUGACAAGAAGGUGCGCAUCUUCACAUUCUCAGUCGGGCAGCACAACUACGACAAGGGACCAAUCCAGUCGAUGGCCUGCGAAAACAGAGGCUACUACUACGAGAUUCCAUCGAUAGGUGCCAUCAGAAUAAACACUCAGGAGUACCUGGAUGUUCUGGGACGGCCCAUGGUCAAGGCCGGCCAAAAGUCUAAGCAAGUUCAAUGGACUAACGUCUACCUGGAUGCCCUGGAACUGGGCCUGGUCAUCACCGGCACCCUGCCCGUCUUCAACAGGACCAACACCCGGGCGGACAAAGAGAGAGGCGUGAAGAAGCCCCAGAGCCAGCUGAUCCUGGGCGUGAUGGCCGUCGACGUCUCCCUGGAGGACAUCAAGAGGCUGACGCCGCGAUUCACCUUUGGACCCAACGGCUACUACUUUGCCAUCGACCCCAACGGCUACGUCCUGCUCCACCCCAACCUCCAGCCUAAGAACCCCAAGUUCCAGGAACCGGUGACGUUGGACUUCCUGGACGCUGAGCUCGAGGACGAGGUCAAAGUUGAGAUCAGGCAGAAGAUGAUUGACGGCGAGACGGGCGACCACAUGAUCAGCACACUGGUGAAGUCCCAGGAUGAGCGGUACAUCGACCGAGGCCUGAGAUCGUACACGUACGCGCCGGUCAAAGGCAGCGACUACAGCCUUGCCCUGGUGCUCCCGGGGUACAGUAUGCAUUACAUCCGCGCGGACAUCGGCGACACCAUCACCCAGGCCAAAUCAAAUUUGGGGAAAAAUGUCACUGAAAGUCUUCUGGCCUUUGAAGAGCAUGGCCACACAUUCAUAGCACCGAGAGACUACUGCAAGGACCUGAAGCCCCUGAAGAACAACACAGCGUUCCUGAAGGAGUUUCUGGACUACAUCGACAGGAAGACUCCCAACAACCCCAUGUGUAACGUGGAGCUGGUGAACCGGCUGCUGCUGGACGCCGGCAUCACUCACGGCCUGUCCCAGAUCUGGAAGGAGCGAGAGCUGCAACAUGGCGUCUUGGCCAGAUUUGUUGCCACCGACGGCGGGAUCACCCGAGUCUACCCCAAAAGCGCCGGUCAAUAUUGGACAGAGAAUGCGGAGACGUAUGAAUCCAGUUUUUACAAGAGGAACCUGGACAAUGAUCUGUACAUCUUCACUCCAACCCCCUGGAGCCCUACCGCCGCUUACGAGAACGGGACUGAGGAGGCCAUCCUGGUCAGCCGAGCUGUUGACCUCACCAUCGAUGACAUCACACUGAAACCAGCAGUGGUCGGGGUCAAGCUGGACAUCGGCGUCUGGAUGACCAGCUUCAUCAACACCACUCAGAGGCCCAACUGCAAAGAUGAGAUCUGUGGCUGUCAGCGUAAUGACGAGUACGUGGACUGUGUCAUUCUGGACGACGGGGGUUUCCUGGUGAUGUCCAACCAGGACAACUACAUGGAUCAGAUCGGGCGGUUCUUCGGGGUCAUGGACCCCACUCUGAUGCUGGACCUGGUCAACUCGUCGCUCUACACCUUCAACAAGACCUUCGACUACCAGAGUCUCUGUGACCCCGAGAAGGAGACACGGGGAGCCGGCCCCCGAUCAGUCUACGUGCCCACCAUCGCAGACAUGUUGAACAUCGGCUGGUGGGCCACAGCUGCGACCUGGUCCAUCAUGCAGCAGAUGUUGGUCAGCCUCACCUUCCCAAACUUCAUGGAAGCAGCCGAUGUGGAGGAGGACCUGUCGGACUCCAUGUCCAAGGAGGGCUGCAUCACGCAGCAGACCCAGUACUUCUUCGAGUCCAGCGAGCUGUCCUUCAAGGGGACGGUGGGCUGCGACAACUGCUCCCGGAUCUACCACGCGGAGAAGCUGCCCAGGACCAACCUGGUGUUCAUCAUCGCUGACGCCCGACACACCUGCGUGCAGUGUGAGGGCAGCCCGCUGGUCCAAGACGAGCAGCCCUCCACUGGUCCGAACCCGUGUUUCCUGGCCAGGAACCCGCGCUACAGGAAGGGGCCCACCAACUGCUUCGACGACAACACCAAGGAGCAGGACUUUGGCUGCGGGGGGGCGGCGGCCCUGAGCCCCUCCCUGUGGACUCUGGUGGGGGUCCAGAUGCUCCUGCUGUGGACGAUGUCCGGUAACCGGAGCCCCGCCCACGUCCCCUCGUGACCCCUGACCUCUCCGGGUCACCCAAUACCUAAUGCCCCCCCCCUCUCAACGAUGAUAAUGACAACAACCAUGACAUGAUGAUGAUGAUGAUGAUGAUGAAGAUUAAAUUGCUUUGCGGUGAAGAAGAUGAAGAGGCGGCUAAACGCUGCGAGUGCUGCUGGGUAAUUCCUCCCAGGCCAGGCUGUGUGCGUCUGUGUAUGUCUGUGUGCACUUGUGUGCGUCGAUAAGGGGAGAGGGUUGGGGGGGGGUUGGAGAGGGAAGGAAACGCCUGCUGAGAGAUAGCGCUUGAAUAAUAAGCGAGAACCUGACCUUUGACCUUUUGACCCUAACCCCCCCCCCCCCCCCCCCUCCCUCCCUCCACACUUUACCCGCGGCCAUCGGAGAUUAGAGGAAUACGAUCGGCCACUUUGUGAACUUUCUCUCCCUUGCUCAUGCCCCCUCCACCCCAAUACAACCCCCCCCCCCCCCUUCACCCCACCACCACCACGACUACAGACUGGACUGCCUUUAGUGCAGGGGGGGCAGAUGGAAGUGGACAGGUGAGGAGGGGGUUCUAGUGACGUCUUAUUUAAUACGAGGGGUCUUUUUUUACUUCAACACGGCAUAAAAGAUCGCCGAGCUUUGCAAACAAACGUUUUGAGUAUUUUUUGAGGAAGUUAUUUUACGGCUGGUUCUUCAGCGAUUGGAGUGAGUCACUAUUUAUUGAGUUUAUUUGUUUGUUUGGGUUUUCAUUGCAAUAAGAGAAGCUGCACUUUUAAAAUUAUUUAUGGUGUUUUAUUUUCAUUUCUUUAAAACCUUUUUCUUUUUAAGGGCCGACACCGUACCGUUGUGACGUCGUCGUGCCUGUUUAUUUUCUUACUCUUUCUUCAUUACUUUUAUUAAUUUUAACUGGUCACAAGUCUUUCGGACAUUCGGUCCGAGCGCCUUCAGCACGAUCUUCCCUCUUGUAGAUAUGUGUGAUAUAAAAAAAAAAAAAAAAUGGAAAAUAUAGACAUUGUUUUAAUAGUAAACCAAUCCAAGCGAUCCACUGCCAUGGGUCUCUCUCUGUCAAAGGACACAGACACUCUUUCUCUCGUGGACUAGUUGACACACUUUGGUGUGAGUUGUGGUCCCCUCUGCCUUCUUUUACUUUGAAACUUUGAAACUGAAAUCUUGUUGCCAUGGUGCACGUCAACCAAUCACAGUGACCCUGUCCUGUCUCUCUUCCGUGCUCUUCUUCAAAGGUCAACUCUAGUGCCAAGAAAAGAGAGACGAAAUGAAGUUUGUCUCUGUUUAGUAUACCGUGCGCGUGUUGAAGACGUUUAUCCGUUUAUUUGAAAACGUAUGAAUCGGGACUGCAUGUUACAGAUUUGCUUUUGUGUUUUACGCCAAGUUUCUAAAUUCAUAUCAUUUUAGAUACCGAAUGAAGACUUUCAUCAUUUGUUGAAAUGUUUUUGGUAUGAUACAGUGUAUGUGUACAUUACUUUUUAAAAAUAAAACCACUACUAUGUGCACUGGAACUUCAAAGUUAUCGUUGAAAGUUAUCAACUGAGAAAUCAUUUGACAAAAGUGCGGGUUAACACAACGAAUGAGUCCUUCCGUUCAUGUUCUGUGCUCUAAGGUGAUCUAGCCUCCCCUUUGGUCUGGGGCCUUCUGAUGCAGUAACUGUUAAAAUAAGACAUGAGAGCUGUGUAAAGUUUGGAGGGUAUUUGUUUGACGUCCAGUAAAUAAGACAGUCCCUCCCAAACCUACGAGUUAUCGGGUGGAAGAUGACGCCACCGAGUGCAUUUUGGCCAGACCGUUACGGCUAAUCGCAACCCUGUUCCAUCCGGGAAACAAACAAGCUGCUAAAUCACAGACACGGGCCUCGUGGUUGAACGGAGCGAGUGUUGACUACGGGAGAGAUCCCUGCCAAACGAUAACCCAAAGGGACUUCAGCGACGUCGGGCUCUGUAUUUACAGUGUGUCGGGAUUCAAAUCGUUAUUAUCAUUAUCAGGACCACAUGGCCGAUGGCUGUUGAAUCUCUCUAGUUCAGAUUUAUUUCAUAUAAAUGAAAUGUCAGAUUAAAAAGAAAAGCCUGGCAACACAGAAGCGAGUUAGCGGCAUGAAAGCAGAGUGCGAGUGUGUCUGGGGAAAUGAGGGUUUAGUUGCUGGACGGAUUCUGAAGGAUGAAGAAGGAAAAACAGCUGAGAAGGCUUUGAUCAUCUGGUCAUUGGGUUGUGGCAGAUGUUAUGUGGUGGACUUGGAAACGGUACAAUAUAACUAUUAUUAAUAUUGUCAGUGUUUAUGUCUGGUAAGAAUUGACAAUCACAAUUUUGUUGACAAUUGCGUGCUGCUGUGAGCGUACAUCUGUCCCAGUCACGAGGGUAUGGAUGACGUCUGUCUCCUUGUGUGUAGAGCUGACGGCUGGGGGGUUAUCACGCCGCCUUCCAACUCGAUAGGACGCCACUCGGCAGGAACUGAACCGUUUAUCCAAUGCCGGGCCCUGCGCGAUGUGGGGCCAGUAGUUCACUGCUACUCCCGCACUUUAGCGAUAGCAGUGUGUGAAUUCACGGCUGUUUGUUUGACCCCCCCCCACACACACACACACACACACACACACACACACACACACACACACACACACACACACACACACACACACACACACACACACACACACACACACACACACACCCCAAAUCCAUUUGCAGCAAACCAGAAAAGAGUUAGCUGGAAAUGAGUUCAUGAAGAUAGUUCUGCCAUUCUCGUCGUAGUGGGGAACACGUGUGUGUGGUUAGGUCAGGUACUCUGAUGAUCUCGUGGGGCACUUUGAGGUCUUGUUUGGUUCCUUUCCCGUUGUUGUCUUUCCAUCUCCCGCUGAAAAGGAUGAAACUACUGUAAAAUAAUUCAAUUAAAUAAGAAACUAGUGGAUUUCUAACCCUAAAUGUGUUCUCACACUAGCGGAUAUCAAGUCAAGUGCCAUAGGAUUCUCUCACUGGAGAGGAACCUAUUCCCUUAUUAAUGACCAACUACCGGAGUGUCAUUAGAGUUUUUCUCUGUUGCAUGGUGGUGGCCUGCAACGAUAAUACAUAUAUAUAUAUAUAUACUGUGUGUGUGCGUGUUUGAUGACAUAAUAUUUACAUGAAACAUACAUUGUCAGGCAAUUGUUUAUGAUAUGUCUAUGGUAUGAUCAGCUGUUUUCUCACUGCCUUUCUCUUGGGGAGACAGCAUUUGGUUCACGGGGGGCGGGAGAGGCGGUCAAAGCAAUUACAGAAGCCUGAUUGGAUAGUGUGGCGUUUGAAUGUGGUACUCCUGUCAUAUGAUUGGCCGAAAACCCUUUGAGAAUUGCCUUUCAGUCACUCAAGAUCCCAUCGAACGUUAUAAUAAAUUUGACUAAUGACGACAAACUCAGUGCGAGUAAUGCACAGAGUUAUUGGAAAACGGAUAUGGGCUUUGUGGCUGUUCAAAGUCCCCAAGCCUCUCUUUAAGUGCUAAAAAUUCCGAUGCUGUCACCUCAGGAAUCCUAUAUAUGAUUGACGUGUUUUUGAUGAUGUCGGUACUCUGCUAUCUGUGUGGGCUUGUGUGGUUUGAGCUUUCUCUAUUUAUUUAUUCUUUUUUAUUUCUUGAGGAUUGCUUCACGUGUGUUGUAAAUGGCGUGUUCUGUAACCUGCCGCUACCUGGCGGAUGAUUGGCGGGGCCCGACGGCCAAUCCUGUGUGGCCUGUGUGGCUUCAAAGCAGCCAAUGGAAAGCCUACAUUAAUUCAGCGAUUUGAGCCAAUGCCAGGUUCUCUUUCCGGGAGGGGGGUCAUGUUCGGGCUCCUCAGUGAAACCAAGCCCGUUCGGGGUUUAAUAUGUAUAAACGAAACUCUUCAGAGUCAAGCGUGGACAUUUUGUUGAAAGAAAAAUAAAAAUCUCUUGACGAAAAUGAACAUGGACAAAGCAAGUGCAUAAUCCUCGAGGGAGGAAGGAGAACGUGUUGGUUUGUGUGCAACCAAGGUAUCCCGAAUAAACGAGUUUAUGAUUGCUA